AUGAGCCGAUUUACCAGGCAGGGAGAUCCUGUUACGCCUCCGAACCGCAACAGAGGCUUACAAAGCAACCAGUCAUCCCCUUACAGGGGCUCUCCAAAGAGCAAUGCAGAAACAACGUCGUCCCCUGAGAAUAGGCAUCUUCUUGGUAUUGAUCCGAUGGACAUUGAUGAUGGGGAUUUUGCAUCCGGUGUCCCAGUAUCAGGCAUAGGGUCGGCAGCGACUACCUUGGCCUCGACUGCGAAGCCUUUACCCGAUCUUCUCCAUCUGCCAGAUGAAUUAAAACUCAUGGUAAUUGGGAAUCUGGAGCCACAGAGUAAGACCACAUUCAAUCUUGCUCUGACUGUCAAAGAGUUGAAAUGGAUGGCAAUGAGACAGCAUUGGUCGAUCAUUGGAACCAAAAACGAAUCGGCUCUCACAAGACUUCAGGCGGAGAACAUCACUACGCAGCAGAACUACGUCGGUUUGAUUCAGGACCUGACAAUCAGAACAGAUCUUCCGGUAGACUUUUCGCAAUGCAGAUUCAAUAGUCUCCAAAAGCUCGUUGUAAGGGCACCCGACGAGUCUACCUUCGACUUGGAUCUUUCCACGUUCCUUGGACCGAGCUUGACCGAUAUAAACCUCAAGCUAAAUUUGAAUAGGCAAGGUCCAUGCAUCAUAAAUUUUCUGCCGGUAAUGAACAGAUCUCCAUCUCUCAAGUCUAUACAAUUCGGCCUACCUUUUCACAACACUCACCCAGAUCAUUUGCUGAAAGCCCUUGAGUCUUGUCCAAGACUUGAGACAGUACGCAUCCAUAGCCAGAGCGAGGAUCUCAUGGACGAAUACGUUUGGAGAUAUCUGGCCAUAAACCACACGCUGCGGAACUUUCUUUGGACCGGAUUGGUCGAUGUUCCAUUCUUGGCUACAGCACUGGAAAACAUCCCUCAUGGGCAGGUUCUGUUCUCCAACGUCACCCACCUGUACCUGACAAUCACAUCAGGCGCAGCGGCCAAGCUCUUCCCACACCUGCAGAACCUGACGAGCUUGGCUCUUGUCAUCAGAGACCACGGCGACAUUCUCGAAUGUGUAGCGCGCUUGAACAACCUGAACAAUCUGCACAUCGAGUACGACUUGGAUACUGAUCUUACUGUAGCGUUACUCGCCCCUCUCCGCCACAUGAAUCUCACAAGAUUCGUUCUCAGGCAGGACAAUAGGUUCACACUGGAUGGUUCUGCCAUUCCGUUGUCAGCAUUGCCGAACCUCUUUGGCUCUCAUGCGACUAUGGAACGUCUCGAAUUCGCAUGGCAAGGCAGUUCGUACUUUGACGACAAUGCUCAAGACGUCCUGUGGGCUCUGGGCCGAGUCUAUCCAAAAGUGAACUGGUGCUCCCUCACCGCGGCCUCUUUGCCGUCGAAUUUGGGGCCUUCCAACGCUUAUCAAGCUUAUCCAGCUUAUCCACCUAUGUGGCCUAGUCUGCGUCGUCUUGACCUGUGGGAAAUGAUCGAGCCAGACUAUGCAGAUAACUACGCCAACUAUUGCACUCAUUUUGCGAAUCAGAUCAUUCUUCAUCUCCCAAACGUCAGCAAAAUCACGGUAGCUCACAAGAAGCCAUUCUGCACGAGAAUCAGAAGAGAGUGCUCGAGCUUGGGCAAAAUCAUAUAG